UAAGUGUCUAAGUGAGGACAAAGAUGUCUCGUUUCGUGUUCGCCGGCGCCGCCGUCGCCAUGCUUCUCGGCUUCCUGUACGUCGUCAAGAACCGCCGGGGCAAAAGCAAGCUCCCGCCGUCGCCCGCGUGGUGGCUGCCGCUGCUCGGCCACCUCCAUCUCAUCGGCCGCCUCCCACACCGCUCCCUGCACGAGCUGCACCUGCGGUACGGCGGCGGCGGCGGGCUCGUCCUCCUGCAGCUCGGGCGCCGGCGGCGGACCCUGGUCGUGUCCACGGCCGCCGCGGCCGCCGACCUGUUCAAGAACCACGACCUCGCCUUCUCCUCCCGGCCGCACAACGCGGCGGCGCACAAGCAGACGUACGGGUCGAGGAACGUCUCCUUCUCGCCGUACGGGGAGCACUGGCGCCAGGCCAAGCGGAUCGUCGUGGUGCACCUCCUCUCCGCGCGGCGCGUCGAGGCGUUCGCGUCCGUGCGCGCGGCCGAGGCCGCCGCGCUCGUCUCCCGGGCCCGCCGCGCCGCGGAGGCCGGGGAGGCCAUCGAGCUGAGGGAGCUCGUGUACGGCUACACCAACGCGGUGGUCACCCGCGCGGCGACCGGUGCCGCCGGGACGACGGCCGAGAGGCUGAGGCAGCUGCUGGCGCACACCGCGACGCUGGUGGCGGGGUUCCAGGCGGACGACGUGCUGCCGGACGCGGCGGCACGGGUGUUCAGGCGGCUGACGGGGCUCGAGAAGAAGAUCGACGACAUGAACGAGGAGUGGGACAGGUUCCUAUCGGAGAUAGUGGCCGAGCACAAGCAGAAGACGUCAAGGCCGGACCAGGGACUCGGUGGUGACAUCUUGGACGUCUUGCUGCAACUGAGGCAAGAAGAAGGCGCCAAAGGGUUCGAGCUUACCGAUGAUGGCAUCAAAGCCAUCACCAAGGACAUGAUCGCCGCGGGGACCGAGACAACAGCCGUGACACUGGAAUGGGCCAUGGUCGAGCUCGCCCGUAACCCGCGGGUGAUGGCCAAGCUGCAGGACGAGAUCGCGUGCGUCGCCGGCGACACCGAGCAGGUCGCCAUCGCUGAGCCGGAGCUGAACAGGAUGGUCUACCUGAGGGCGGUCAUCAAGGAGGUGUUCCGGCUCCACCCGCCGGUGCCGCUCCUGCUCCCACGCGAGUCCAUGGCCGCGGCGGCCGUGCAGGGCGGCCGCUACGAGAUCCCGGCGAAGACCGCGCUCCUGGUCAACGCGUGGGCGAUCGGGCGGGACCCCGCGGCGUGGGCCGCGCCGGAGGAGUUCCGCCCGGAGCGGUUCCUCGCCGUGGCCGCCAGCAGCCAGGCAGUGGACUUCAGGGGGACCGACUACCAGCUCCUCCCGUUCGGCACGGGCCGGAGGAUCUGCCCCGCCAUCAACUUCGCCCAGGCGGUCUUGGAGCUCGCGCUCGCCAGCCUCCUGCGCCACUUCGACUGGGAGCUCCCUGGCGGCAUGCGCCCGGAGGACCUGGACAUGGUCGAGGCGCCUGGGCUCUCGGCGCCGCCACGGGUUCCCCUAGUGCUCGUCCCUAAGUGUAAGGCGCUUGCUUAGCCCUGCAUCACUAUACUACUAAACUGGAAUAAGGAAUCCAUGAUGUGGAUUCAUGGUUUGUGCAUCAAUUACAAGCAAAAUUCAAAACAACACGGGAAUACGCACAAAGUAGCAUUAACGCGAGAACUUGGUAAAGCAAAUUAUGCAAUGUAAAAACCUGUAUGGCACUUCUUUUUAUUUUUGGAACUCCGGUUCCAGUGGUUGGCACUUUUGCCGGGGUGGCCUGUAACCUACUUUUAUUUUCAUCUUCUUAAUACAAAGAUAUGAAGCUUGCAUAUU